AGAGGCUGACACUAGGCCUAGUAGAUGCAGAAAUAGAACGUAUGUUUGGACUCAGUGUAUUGCCAGAUAAAGGAGUUUGGAAUUUGUUAAAAGACUAACAACUGUCUCCAUAAGUUGAUUUACGUAGACAAGCCAAGGACAUAAGCCUGUGUAUGUAAUGAUAGGUCCUGUUUGUGGAGGUAUCCUGUGUGAUAAGGGGAGAUGUUCUGUCUUUUGUGAUGACUGAGCCAAAGUUAGGAGAUAAGCAGAGAAGUUGCUUGUGAGGCCCAGAAGAGGAGCGUGCUGCGCAAACUCAUACAACAUGGGUCAAACAGCGGACAAGUGAGGAAGACUAUGGACGACCACCAGAGGACUCCAAAAGACCACCAGAGACCUCCAAUGUGCUUGCGUAAAGGACAUUUACAUAUGCUAAUAGUUUCCCGGAUAACUAAUGACUAUGCAUAACAUUUCUCGGAAAUCUAGUGACUAUGUAUGUGAGACAUGUAUUUAACCCAUACAGUUAAGCUCGUGGUUAAGCACGUUUGGAGGAGCGAUCCCCCGUGCUUCCAGCGCUGCAAUAAAGAAUACUUAACUCCAUUACCAAAUGCUCAAUUCGUGAAACAAUCGGGCGACCCAGAUGGGACCCGCUCUGCUCGGCUGCAGGACCCGCUGAGAGCGGGACUCCCUAGGGUACCCCCGGGAUUUUCCCGGAGGGACUCCUCGCCUCACUCGGAUCACUGCGGGAGCAGACAAGGACACCAUCUAAAGGAGUGUGAGAAAGCCCAGCUGGUCCAACAACGCGUGACCUAUCUAGGACUGGAAAUCUCCGGAGGACAACGGGAGCUUGGACCUGAACGGAAAGAGGCCAUCUGUCGAACUCCAGAACCACAGACGGUAAAGGAGUUGCGAACUUUUCUGGGAAUGACAGGUUGGUGCUGGCUUUGGAUAUACAAUUAUGGAAUGUUAGUCAAACCUCUGUACGAACUGAUAAAAGGAAAUCAGUCGAAAUUAGUCUGGACAGAUGAAGCACAAAAUGCAUUUAAGCAGCUUAAACAAGAACUAAUGAGGGCCCCUGCCCUAGGGUUACCGAAUGUCUCCAAACCGUUUUUGUUGUUCUCCUAUGAGAGACAAGGAAUUGCUUUAGGAGUAUUGGCACAAAGACUUGGUCCCUACAAACGAGCAGUGGCUUAUUUCUCUAAACAAUUAGAUGAAGUAAGGAAAGGCUGGCCGAGCUGCCUUCGAGCUGUUGCAGCAGUUGUAAUUAAUAUUCAAGAAGCCCGAAAGUUUACUAUGGGCCAGAAAAUAACAGUACUGGUCUCUCACACAGUAUCAGCGGUCCUAGAACAAAAAGGGAGCCUUUGGCUCUCACCCCAAAGGUUUCUGAAAUAUCAAGCAAUAUUGGUAGAACAAGAUGAUAUAGAAAUUGUGGUUACUAAUAUUGUCAAUCCAGCCUCUUUCCUCAGUGGGACUCUAGAUGAGCCAGUGAUACAUGAUUGUAUUGAAACCAUGGAAGCCACUUAUUCAAGCCGAGCAGACCUUAAGGAAGAACCUUUGGAGGAUGCAGAGGACUCCUGGUAUACAGACGGGAGCAGUUUCCUGCAACUAGGACAACGUAAGGCUGGGUAUGCCAUUACAACAACUCAACAGGUAAUCGAAUCACAACUGUUACCCCCGGGAACUUCGGCCCAAAAAGCAGAAAUAAUUGCUCUAACUCAGGCAUUAGAGCUAGCAAAAGGGAAGAGAAUAAACAUCUGGACGGACUCUAAAUAUGCGUUUGGUGUAGUACAUGCUCAUGGGGCCAUUUGGAAAGAGCGAGGACUACUGACUGCCCAAGGAAAACAAGUAAAACACGCUGAAGAAAUCCUAAGACUAUUAGAGGCUGUACAACAACCGGAGAGAGUGGCCAUUAUGCAUUGCCGAGGACAUCAGAAAGGAAAUACUGACUCGGAAAUUGGAAAUCGUCUGGUGAUUAUGAAGCCAGGAGAGUGGCGAAAUCAGGAGAAAAGGUUUUAUCCUUAAUACCAGACAGUAAAAUCCAAACUGUAAGUACAAAUCAGAAACCAAACUACUCAAAGGAAGAUUUGAAGUUAAUUGAAGAUUUAAAAGGUAAAAUGGCAGAGAAUGGGUGGGUCCAUAUAGCGUAUGGUCGGGUAAUAAUACCAUCUAACUUAUUAUGGCCCACAGUUUUAAUUGAACAUAAUAAAACACAUUGGGGGUCAGAUGCUUUGUGUAAGAGCUUAAACCAGAAACUGAUAGGGCAAAAUUUAUAUACUAUAGUGAAGCAGGUGUCCCAACAAUGUGAAACUUGCCUAUGUAAGAACCCCAAUGUGACCAACAAAGUAAAACUGGGAACGAUCAGCAGAGGAAAUUAUCCAGGACAACAGUGGCAAAUUGAUUUUUCAGAGCUCCCUAGAAAAGGGGGGUAUCGAUACCUAUUAGUUAUGACUGACACCUUUUCCGGCUGGCCAGAAGCCUUCCCUUGCCGAAUGAACAAAGCAAGAGAAGUAACUAAAAUAUUAUUGAAUGAAAUUAUUCCUCAUUUUGGAAUUCCUGCCACGAUAUCCUCUGAUCGGGGUUCUCAUUUUCGUGCCAAAAUAGUACAACAAGUAAGUACGAUCCUAAAAAUAGAUUGGCAAUUGCAUACCCCAUAUAGACCUCAGGCAAGUGGGCAAGUGGAAAAAAUGAAUCAUUUGGUCAAACAACAAAUAGCAAAAAUCAGUCAGGAGACUAACUUAACGUGGCCCUAAUCUCUCCCCUUGGCACUGCUUAGAUUGAGGGUGAAACCAAAAACAAAGGACAAUCUAAGUCCCUUUGAAAUACUGUAUGGAAGACCGUACUUGUCUCAGUUUACAGGGGAAGACAUAACCCAGCAAGGUAUGGGAUACAUAUAUAAUUAUAUGAUCUCCCUCCAAAAGCAACUAGAGAAAAUAAACAAGCAAGUUUUAGGAGCUAGAGCUAGAGGAUUAGAUCAACCGAUUCAUUCCUUUAAACCUGGUGAUUAUGUGUAUAUAAAGACUUUUU